AUGUCUGCUGGCAGGAAGGGCUGAGGGUGGACCGGGCAGAUCCAGAAGGGCGGGCUGGGUGUGUUUGUGUGAGAAUGUCUCCUUCCCAGGAGACUUUGGCCACUCUACUAGCCCAGCCCCUUCCCAGCACUAUUACUUCCUGUUCCAGGGUAGUGGGUAAGCGCCUCGUGAGGCUGUGUGCAGCCCAAUCCUGGCUGUCCCUCUGCCCUUUCUCACCCCUCCCUCCUCCCAGCCUCAGUCCAUCUUGAAGGUCCAGAGUCUGUAGGCCCUAGGACCAUGAACACAAGUUGUGAAACCCUCACGUGGCCUGAUUCAGUCAACUAUGUCUUCAGCGUCUACUCAAUCUUGCUGCUGGUGCUGGGCUUGCUACUCAAUGGCCUGGCACUAUGGGUAUUCUGCUGUCGCAUGCACCAGUGGACGGAGACCCGAGUCUAUAUGACCAACCUUGCUGCGGCUGACCUCUGCUUGCUCUGCUCCUUGCCCUUCAUGUUGUACUCCCUGAGGCACACCUCAGACACGCCGAUCUGCCAGCUCUCACAGGGCAUCUACCUGGUCAACAGAUACAUGAGCAUAAGCUUGGUCACUGUCAUCGCCAUGGACCGCUAUGUGGCAGUGCGGCAUCCAAUACGUGCCCGUGAGCUGCGGUCCCCGCGGCAGGCGGGAGCAGUGUGUGUGGCCCUCUGGGUGGUGGUGGUCACCUCCCUCUUAGUGCGCUGGCGCCUGGGGUUACAGGAGGGUGGCUUCUGCUUCAGGAGCCACAACAGGCACACUUCCACCACCAUCUUCUCAAUGCUGGGAUUCUACCUGCCACUAGCCAUAGUGGUCUUCUGCUCUUUGCAGGUUAUCACUGCGCUGGCACAGAGGCCGACCACUGAUGUGGAGCAGGCAGAGGCCACCCACAAGGCCACUCGUAUGGUCUGGGCCAAUCUUGUUGUGUUUAUCAUCUGCUUCCUGCCACUGCAUGUGGUCCUGACAGUGCAGUACUUUCUGGGCCUGAACACGUGUGCUGCCCGUCAUGCCUUUAGCCGUGCCCUGACCAUCACAGGCAAACUCUCAGACUUCAACUGCUGUUUGGAUGCCAUCUGUUAUUACUACAUGGCCAAGGAGUUCCAGGAUGCAACUAAGGCUGGUACAUCCUCCAGUACACCCCACAAGAGCCAAGAUUCUCAGAGCCUGACCAUCACCUAGACGCAGUAAACAAGUGCCCCACGGGCCAAAGAAACCUCUGAUCUUUGCAAGGAGCCCCCAAAUCGGCCUGAACCUGCUGUGGGCUUUGAGCACUCCGGGAGGUCCAGAUGACCUAGAGAGACUGUACCUGCUCCUCUGAAAGAGCCAGAGGACUGAGACUGAAGUCCAUCUUGAAGGGCCCUGGGACAAGAACAUGUCUAGAGUCCCUGGGGCAACAGAAAUGGGGCCUUGAUGACCAGCCACUGAGUUCAGAAUAGACCUCUCCCCUGGAGAUGGUCCUGGUAAGGACCUCGGUGCCACCCAGGUGCAAGUGGUAAGGUGUGAAGAAGGAGCAAAGCCAGGAGACAUCAUCUCAGAGGGCCCUCUGAUGGCUGCUUCCUUUUUGGAACCUCCAGACUUCAUGUCCCAAGUAAGGUUAGGCAAGAAGGUAGCAGCUGUGAUCUGGAAGUCUGUCUUCUAAGGCCCAUGCUGUUAAUGUUGCUCUGGUUCUCUGUUCUGGAAGGUUCCAGCUCAGGAGGCCCCGUGGUCAUAAAGCCAUGUUCGACAGUAACACUGCUGUUGAAGUCCUCGGCUUCUUGGUGGCAUUUCCAUUGUAUGGUGGGCCUGUUGAUCGCAAGGAAUCGGCUGUGGUAGUGGUCUCCUGGAAUUUGGUUUAUGAGGAAGAUUGACAUUUGGCUUGUUACCCACGUUCUCUGAGGAUGUGGCCCAAGGCUG